CUCAGGUUGGGAUCGACCAGACAAUACAGAGUAUUUCAGGUAGAGCUCAGCCAACCGAAGGACGAUGUUACGAGUGACUUCAUUGCUGCUGCUGCUGCUUGUUUUGAUUUCAGGGUUUGAGCAAGGAUGGACCAAAUUAGAUUAUGUACUCUACCCAUAUGGUAGCGAUCAGGGUGACGAAAAGACCCCCAUUGAAGAUGAUGGAACGUCUGGUGAAGUCCCGCUCUCCAAACCAUUUAUAUUUUAUGGCAAAAAAUACAACUCUCUUUACGUGAAUAACAAUGGAGUGAUUUCAUUCAACACGGCAGUAUCCCAAUACACCCCGGAUGCUUUCCCCCUGACCAGCGGGGAAACAUUUGUCACCCCCUUUUGGGGAGAUGUGGACAAUGAUUUGGGGGGCAUAGUGUUCUACAGGGAAACCACUGACCCCAGUCUCCUGGAUCAGAUAUCAGAGGACAUGGGGAAGCACCUGCCAAAUCUGCACUAUAAGGCCACCUGGGCGUUCUUUGCCACCUGGGACAAAGUAGCGUAUUACGGGUCUGCAUCCAAAAAGGUGAACACUUUCCAGGCUGUCCUCACCAGUGAUGGUUUCCAUUACUUUGCCAUCUUAAAUUACGGGGACAUUAAUUGGACAACAGGAACGGCCAGUGAUGGAGACCCUUACACUGGUACAGGUGGGACUCCUGCUCAGGCGGGAUUCAACAGCGGAGAUGACACUCAUUACUUUAAUAUCCCCGGAUCCAGGACCAAUGAGGUGCUGAACAUUCAGUCUACAUCCAAUGUCAACUGCCCGGGACGAUGGGUGUUCCAAGUCGAUGAUUUUAAGGUUCCUGGAGGAUGCGUAUUUCAAGCAAAGUUUGCUAAAGAAGGUGAAGACUUCUGGAAAGAAGAAGCCUGCAGCACUAAGUGCACAUGCCGGGAUGGCCGGGUGUCCUGUGUGGAGGAGGUCUGCCCAGAGUCCGCCACCUGUGAAGCCUCUGGAUCCUUCUUCACCUGCAAGAUCAAGGAGAAGAUCUGCAUCUAAGAUGAUGGACAUCUUCGCACCCUGACUUCACCUGCCUUAAUUCAUGAUGUUUCAAAUUUUUCCAAAACUAGCCAAAAAUUGACCAAUCAGGGCCACACACAGAGGUCCCAUGGAGAGGUGGGCAGAGUGACUCAUAUAAAGACCCCUUUAUCUGUACUGGCCACAUUACUCAUUGUGCAAUACAUUAAUUAACUGCCCAGCUGAUUGACUGCUAUGUACAUCAUUGCUUCAAAUAAAGUGAGGAGGGGGAUGCAGCUGCAGAUAUAUAAGCGCAACCAUGAGAGUGAUUGUGAUUUUUCUUAAGGCUUUUUCAAGAUUUAUGAAAAUACCUGACAAUGGCUUCACUGUAUCUAAUAAAUAAUAUAACAGUCAAUAACAACCGCA